CUCGUUUUUGUACGCGCUUCCUAAUCAGAAGCCAGAGCAAGGAACAGAUGGUGAAUGAGCCCAGCGACAGGGUUUGGCUGAGAAUUGUGUUGGAUCAGUGAGAACGCGAGUCCGCACCGUGUGCACCUUCCUGAGAGCGGACGUGUUGCACUGUUCCAUCAGUAUCCAGCGCUGGACUACAGUUGGUGACGUCACAGAAAUCAGCAGCGCGGCCUUGUUUUCUAGGGGGUGUUGCGAUGGGCGCGUAAUGAUCGAGUGAGUUCGUUCGUGUACGGACGCUUCAAGGUCGCUGGCGCGGCGUUGACGUGUGAGCAGAAGCAGCUGCGUUCGAAGGCAGUUUCGUGUUUGCAGCCGUCCUUGUACGCCGGACCCGGAAACUUCAGCAGGCCGAUGCAAAGGACGCCAUGCCGAGAGCAGUGUACAAGAACGUAGACGGAUACUGCGUUCCGCAGGCCUUCAAUGAGGAAUGCGUUCGGUCUGCACUAAAAUACGAGCCGCAGCCAGAAGACCUGUUCAUCGUGAGUUAUCCAAAAUGCGGCACCACGUGGACGCAGCACAUUGUCUACAACAUCUUGAACGAUCGACCACUUCCAAACACCAUGGCAGACUUUCAGCGAAAGAUGCCGUUUCUGGAGUUGAAAGGCGCCCAGUCUGUCAGAGACAUGUCCCGACCAGGUGCCAUCAAGACCCACAUGCCUUUCCACUCGACACUGUUCUCGAAGCAUUCCCGGUACAUUUACGUCUGCCGAAACCCAUACGAUUGCUGCGUGUCUUUCUUCUACCACGCCAAAAACAAGCCCGAUCACCAGUUUGCGGACGGAACGUUCAGCGAUUUCUUUGAAAUGUUCGUUGAGGGUGCGCUGGCGUACGGGGACUACUUCGACCACCUGCUGCCCUGGUACGAGCGUCGAGACGAUCCAAACGUUCUUCUCCUGACCUACGAAGGCCUCAAGAAGGACACCACGGCGUGGGUGCUGAAGAUCGCCGACUUUCUCGGGGAGAACCACGGCACGAGGCUCCGAGCCGAUCCUGUGGCUUUGAACGAGGUUCUCGCGAGGACAAGUCUGGAGACGAUGAGGCAGAUGUUGAGCGACAGCGAGAAGACAGCGCUCAAUGAGCGUCUGUCCUACGAGCAGAGAAGACCUCAACGGGUGAAGGAUGCUGGCGAAGUCACAACGUUGUUGCGCAAGGGUAUAGUCGGAGACUGGAGAAGUCAUUUUUCGGCCGACCAGGUGAAGCGCCUCAAGGAGCGAAUCGCGUUGAAGACUCGUGGGACGAACGUCAUGAGCUUGUGGGAUGACUGUGACCUACCAUAAAUUAUUAACCCUGGUCAUUUUUUUUUUUUUUUUUGCUGCUGGAACUGCGGUUGAUCGUCGAGGCUUCAAUUCGUGGUCCCGGCCAAAAUAAGCGCACAAAUAAACACUGUAUACUAUACGUGUUGUCACAAAAAAAAAAAAAAAAAAA